CGCUGGAUCCGGAGAGGUGUGCCAGUGUCAUUCGGUCACCAGUUAACCGUCUCCCGAGAGUGAAAGUUACGUACUUAUAUGUAAAUACAUUUAUGUUUUGCGAUUAAUUUCUCUGGUAAAUUGAAUUACUGAUUAAGAUUUUUUUACAUUUAAUCCGAAUUUUCUGCUUCAAACAUAUUUUAAACUAUUUUUAGACACUUUUACACGGUUUUGGGCAAUGUUAAGCUCCUAUACCACCUCACAUUGUCGUGGUUGAAGUGAUUCUGUGCACGGUGAGUCUCUUCAUGUGAUCCAGUGCUGUUUACUUCACUGAAAAAUGGAUAUGGUCCCUGAUCCGAACAACAACAGCCCCGGAGAAAAAAGUUACUCACUGCGCCCUCGAGCGGCUCUGAAGAAGGACGAGGAAGACACCGACCAAGAGGAAUCAUGGAGACCCCGUGGGCGGUCGAAGAAAAGGUCCAAGCAGAAGUGUUUACCUCUGAGUAAGUACAGGAGGAAAACAGCGAACGCCAGAGAGAGAUCUCGAAUGAGAGAAAUCAACGAGGCGUUUGAAGCUUUACGGAGGGCUCUUCCACACUUUAACUCUCGAAAUGAAAACCCUAACGAGAAGACGACGAAGAUCAUGACUCUGCGCCUCGCUAUGAAGUACAUCACCGCCCUGGACAGCGCCUUGAGGCAAGCUGACAUGGACUCCGAUGGAGAAUCUCUUAUCAGUGAUUACAGUAUGACCCCUCCUACAAGCAGAGAACAUUCGCUAACACCCUCCUCCUUGAGUGAACACUCCGACAUUUUCGAUCAACUCUUCAUCACCUCUACUUUUGAAGAUUAUUCUCCAGCUGCAUCUUCGAGUUGUGCCAUAUCGCCAUUUUUAAGUGAAAGUAUAAGAUCGCCAUCUAGAGUUACUCUACCUUUAAGUUCUAAAACAGAGACUUCUCAUCCUUUUUUCAAGUCAUCGUUGGGACCUUCUAACAGCCAUUCUUCGAAACUAUCUUCUCUUAGUCAUUUUACAACCAGUUCUAGUAGUUCAAGACCCUCAAUGAAACCACCGCAUCUGCCGCCCUACCCAUCCACCACCACUAGCAUCUCAGCAGUAGCAGAUCACCAACCCUCCCCUAUAGAAAGUGUUAAAGAUUCUCUGUCGCCAGUAGACUUGCACGAAUAUUCAACCACACCGUGGAAAGACUUUGAUUGUCUGCCUUCUUCGCCGAUAAAUCUAGACGAUCUUUUUAUCACAUAAUUAUGCAAUGCAGAGUGUUGAGACGGUGUAAAGUGAAUUUUAAACUUGUAUAUUUUUCAUUUGUUGAUUCAAGGUUUUUUUAAGUGCAUUACGACGUGUAAGUAUGAACUAUAGUUUAAGUUGGCCUCGCUAUAAAUAAUGUAUAUGAAUUAAGAACGCUUCUUUUAUAUUUAUCUUUAUUUUAGUCAAGUAUAGUGUAUCUUUUAAAUGAAAAGUUUCAAUAAUAUUCCACAAAAAGUUUUUUUAUUUUAGUAUUGUGGUAUGAUAAAAGCAUACCAGUGAUGACGGUAGAUUUGUAAGAAAAUCAAUUUGUAGAGUCAGUUAGAACAAACCCUUCGUUAAUUUUAUAUCUCGUUAAAAAUAUCAAUAAAUACUUAGCAUACGACAAAAAACCUCAUAGGAGUUUCUAUUGCGAUUAUUACAAAUCAAUUUACCUGGUAAUAUGCUAAAUUAAUCGAAACAUCAAAGGAAAAUUAAUAAUACAAAUUAAAUUAUACAAUAAUAAUUUUAUCAAUGACAAACAUAAUGAAUGAGAAUAAAUUUACGAGUGUGAAGUUUAUAAUAACAAAUUACCGUAACUACUUAAUUCCACGUUAUUUCAAUACCAUAUUAACUCAGUUUGGAUUUCAACAAAUACAACUCUACAACCAUCUGUAAGAUAGCGUAACUUAUAUUUCCAUGUAAGCUUACACAUAUUUCCUGGUUAUAUAUUUACAAAGUCUGAAAUGGCUGCUUUUAAAAAUAGAAUUAACUUUAAAAACCCAACAUGUAGGCUAUCUUUGAAAACUGUUAAAGUGCAGAUAAUAAUAAUUUAUUUAUUUAUAUUUAAAUGAGGAUUCUAUGAACCAUUUUAUUUCAAAAGGUGUCUUUUUAUGUUUAUAGAUUUGUAGCUACGAAGUAUCUCAGUAGAAAUUCUAUCUAUAGCGAACAUUUAUUCCGUAGCGUAUGGUUUUGGUUCAAUCUGUUUCAAAAUAUUUUAUAUAGUAAAACAUUGUUUAGGGAUUAUUAUGAUUGUAUGUGAAAUUUUACGGAAAUGGAACGUUUAGUGCCAUAAAAUAUGAUGUUUUUAAUGCUGAUUUUUAAAUUGUCAAUAAAUCUAGUUAUAGAAAAUAUUUAAA